CUCCCAGUCGGAUUGCGGCCGAGGCCGGUCCUGGCUUUGUAACUUGCUCAAGAUGGCGGCGCAGCCACCCAGCGGGAUCCGCCUCAGCGCGCUUUGCCCGAAGUUUUUACAUACAAAUUCUACUAGUCACACUUGGCCAUUUAGUGCGGUUGCUGAAUUAAUAGAUAAUGCUUACGAUCCUGAUGUGAAUGCUAAACAGAUAUGGAUUGACAAAACAGUGAUAAAUGACCACAUAUGCCUGACAUUUACUGAUAAUGGGAAUGGUAUGACUUCAGACAAAUUACAUAAAAUGCUGAGCUUUGGCUUCAGUGACAAAGUCACCAUGAAUGGUCACGUCCCAGUUGGCUUGUAUGGGAAUGGCUUCAAGUCAGGUUCUAUGCGUUUGGGUAAAGAUGCAAUGGUUUUUACCAAAAAUGAAGAAAGCAUGAGCGUGGGUUUCUUGUCUCAGACCUACUUGGAAGUCAUAAAAGCAGAACAUGUUGUUGUCCCAAUAGUGGCAUUUGACAAAGACCGACACAUAAUUAAUUUAACAGAAUCAAAAGCGAGUCUUGCUGCAGUUCUGGAACAUUCUCUGUUUUCUACGGAACAGAAAUUACUGGCAGAGCUUGAUGCUAUCAUCGGUAAGAAGGGGACAAGGAUCAUCAUUUGGAAUCUCAGAAGCUACAAAAGUGCAACAGAGUUUGAUUUUGAUAAGGAUAAAUAUGACAUCAGAAUUCCAGAAGAUUUAGAUGAGACGGCAGGGAAGAAAGGGUACAAGAAGCAAGAAAGGAUGGACCAAAUUGCCCCGGAGAGUGACUAUUCUCUGAGGGCUUACUGCAGUAUAUUAUAUCUAAAGCCACGAAUGCAGAUCAUCUUGCGUGGACAGAAAGUGAAGACACAGCUAGUUUCGAAGAGUCUUGCCUACAUUGAACGUGAUAUUUAUCGACCCAAAUUUUUAACUAAUAAAACUGUGAGAAUUACUUUUGGAUUCAACUGCAGAAAUAAAGAUCAUUAUGGGAUAAUGAUGUAUCACAGAAAUAGACUCAUCAAAGCCUAUGAAAAAGUUGGAUGUCAGUUAAGGGCAAACAACAUGGGUGUUGGAGUAGUGGGGAUUAUAGACUGUUAUUUCUUAAAGCCGACUCAUAAUAAACAAGAUUUCGAUUAUACUAAUGAAUACAGGCUUACAAUAACAGCACUAGGAGAUAAGCUCAAUGAUUACUGGAAUGAAAUGAAAGUGAAGAAAAAUGCAGAAUAUCCUCUGACUUUGCUGGUUGAAGAUAUACAGAAACGUCCUGAUCAGACAUGGGUUCAAUGUGAUUCCUGUCUAAAGUGGCGAAAAUUACCAGAUGGGAUAGAUCAACUUCCAGAAAAAUGGUAUUGCUCCAAUAACCCUGACCCACAGUUCAGAAAUUGUGAUGUUCCAGAAGAACCUGAAGAUGAAGAUUUGGUGCAUCCCACUUAUGAAAAAACCUACAAAAAGAAAGACAAGGAAAAAUUCAGGAUCAGACAACUGGAAGUAAUCCCUCGGAUUCCUGCUGAACUCUUGUUUCCAACAACUCCUUUGUCAAGUCAAAGCUUUCCUCCCAUUAAGGAAAAUGUUCCAAGAGGACAUCUUUCAGAAGCAGCAAAUACUUAUGCAACGAGACUGAUAAAUAAUCAUCGAGGUUCACCCCAGUCUGAACCUGAGAAUAACAGCCUGAAACGGAGACUCUCUACUCGUUCCUCAAUUUUGAAUGCAAAGAAUCGGAGAUUGAGUAAUCCAGCAUUUGAAAAUUCUUAUAAAGGUGAUGAUGAUGAUGAAGAUGUCAUCAUCUUAGAAGAAAACAGUACUCCCAAGCCUGCAGUGGACGAUGAUAUUGAAGUGAAAUUGCAGCAGAGUCACAUGGAGCAAAGCGGUGUUCAGGUGGAGCCUGUGGGUGAUAAUGAACCGUGUGGCCAGACUAGUUCAACAGACACCUCAUCAUCCAGGUGCAAUCAGGGAACCACUGCAGCCACCCAGACUGAAGUACCAAGUUUAGUCGUUAAAAAGGAAGAAACUAUUGAAGAUGAGAUAGAUGUAAGAAACGACACAGCCGUACUGCCAUCCUGUGUGGAAACGGAAGGAAAGACACGUGAAACCCAGGAAAUCUUUGAUAAAUCUGCUGGUGAUGCUGGUUGCCAGUUAAAUGAACUAAGAAAUGAGCUGCUGCUUGUCACCCAAGAAAAAGAAAAUUAUAAAAGACAGUGCCACGUGUUUACUGACCAAAUCAAAGUGUUACAGCAGAGGAUACUGGAAAUGAAUGACAAAUACGUGAAGAAGGAAACUUGCCAUCAGUCUACUGAAACUGAUGCUGUAUUUUUACUUGAAAGUAUUAACGGUAAAGCUGAAAGUCCAGAGCAUAUGGUGUCUCAGUAUCGGCAAGCUUUGGAAGAAAUAGAAAGGCUGAAAAAACAGUGUAGUGCUUUGCAACAUGUAAAGGCUGAAUGCAGUCAGUGUUCCAAUAGUGAGAGUAAAAGUGAAGUGGAUGAGAUGGUUGUACAGCUUGACGAUGUAUUUAGACAGCUGGACAAAUGCAGUAUCGAGAGGGACCAGUAUAAAAGUGAGGUUGAAUUAUUGGAAAUGGAAAAAUCACAAAUCCGUUUGCAGUGUGAAGAACUGAAAACUGAAAUCGAACAAUUAAAGUCUACAAGUCGACAAAUUGGAGAUGUGUCAACAUCAAGUAACAUCGAGGAGUCUGUAAAUUAUACUGAUGGGGAAAGCCUCAAACUUCGAUCUCUUCGAGUUAACGUAGGACAGCUCCUGGCCAUGAUUGUACCUGAUCUCGAUCUUCAGCAAGUGAAUUAUGAUGUCGAUGUAGUUGAUGAGAUCUUAGGACAAGUUGUCGAGCAAAUGAGUGAAAUCAGUAGUACUUAAAGUGUACUUUAUGUGAGAUAGUAAAAAAUAUUUGCUCUUUCUUUCUGGUUGUAUAGCUUUCAAAAUUUAAGCAACUUUGUUAUAGAUAUGAUACGUAACGGACUGAAGAACCAUAAUCUUUUCUGUAUUCUAUGCAUUCAAGUGUGGACACAAAUAUUGUGGACACAUUAUCACACCUUUUGAAAUGGUAUUGAGCAGCUACAUAGCUAACUCAUGAUUCUGCUUUGAAAUGUAAAUAUUUUUAAUUAAGUCACACAUAUUUUUUUAUUACCUUAGAGGACUCAAGUGUUUUUCACCAAGAGGUUUUCAGGUUGCCCCUAACCUUUGUGCAGUCUUUUCUGGUUCCCCAAAGUGUAUUUUUCUCUGACUUGAGGGCUGACUUGCCAUAAUACAAAUGGAAAUGUUACCUUUGAUUUUCUUACAGAGAAGUUUAAAACGGGGUUUUUAAAAAUGGAAUAACACUCCUGAUAAGUUGUAAGUAAUUGAGCAUUAAUGUUUCUUUUCUAUAAAUUCUUAUCUCCUGAAAUAUUUUAUUCAUGAAAAUAAAGUAAGCAGAAACUCCAUCCAUUUUGCCAGGUUUUUUUUGUGUGUGCUGAGAUUGCCGAUCAUGGUUAUUAAACACAAAGUGUUUUUACAGAAAAAAAUAAUGAUUUUUAGUGUAAAAAUAUAAAAAAUAUUAAAUGCCCCACCACAUUUACUCUGAAGCCCAUUUUUGGCUGCUUAGUCCGCAUGGAGUGGGCACAAUAAUUGUUUAAUAUUUCUUUUUGUGAAAUUUCCUGUACAGCCUUUUGUAGGAUUACUACAGGUUAAUAUGAGUUGAGGAAGACAAUCUUUCUCCAACAGUACUGCAUACCUUUUAUUAUAUUACAAACCAGUACUGCAUACCUUUUAUUAUAUUACAAACCUAAGUGUUUUAUAUCCUGGAGUUAAGCAACAAACAACCUAGGAUUAUAGUAUUACAUGCCAUAAAAAUUAUGCUUUACUGGUCCCGUGUUUUGUGCAAUUAUAAAGAGAUGGCUUUCUAUUAAGUAUAACUGUAUAUAUAAUUAAGAAUCAUAUUUUCCACAACUAAAAU